AUGAUAUCUAAAAUUAUACUGUUUACAACUGCAUUAUUGGCAGUCAACGCACAGCAUCACUCCCAUGGACAUGCAACAUCUUCACAGUCUAUAAUCCGACAUGACAUUUCGCAUAACCAACACGGAUAUAGUAAUGAACCCAUAGGACAUCAAACAGCAUACCAUCAACCUAUUACGGUUCAUGCCGCUCCUGUCCAUGAAGCAGUAACUGUUCAACAUAUCGCCCCUGUCGUUCACUCAGCUCCGACCGUUCAUCACGUUGCCCCUAUCGUACACUACUCUGCUCCAGUAGUUCAUCACUCUGUUCCUUCAGUUCAUCAUGUAACACCCGUUGUUCAUCACGAAGCUCCUACUAUCAAUCACGUAGCUCAAAUUUCCCAUCACGCUACUCCUACCGUCCAUUACUCUGCUCCUGUUAUACAUCACUCAGCCCCUAUUGUACAUCAUGCUGAACCUGCUGUUCACCACGUAACACCUAUUGUGCACCAUGCUGCACCUUCUGUUCAUCACGUUGCUCCUGUAGUGCAUCAUGCUUCUCAAUCUGUUCACAACGUGAACCCUGUAGUUCAUCACAUCGCUCCUGUAGGACAUCAUGCUUCUCAAUCUGUUCACCACGUUAACCCUGUAGUGCAUCACGCAGCGCCUGUUCUAGCCCUUCAACAUUCUGGGUACCACAAUGAACAUCAAUAUGCCCAAAGCCACCAGGAUUACUACGCGCAUCCGAAAUAUGAAUUCGAAUACAGCGUAGCUGACCACCAUACUGGUGAUAUCAAAUCGCAACAUGAAACUCGUGAUGGCGAUCACGUUACUGGAUACUAUAGUCUGCACGAGCCCGAUGGUUCCGUGCGCACCGUUCAUUACAAUGCUGACAACCAUAGCGGAUUCAACGCUCAAGUUCAACACUCAGCACCGUCAACCCAUAUCCAACCACAGCAUCAUGAACCUCAUUACACUAACUCUCACCACUAA